CCUACAAUUAAUAAGCACUAAGUUGCGACUGCAAUGAACAGAUACCUGAGACGCACAAAAGUACUUAAGACGAUGCCAAAGAAGAAAAACCAAAGUUCGAAAGCGAAAAGUGUUAGAUCAACUAUACAAAGUAACGGUAAACCAACACCUCGACCUUAUGAAACCGAAGAAGAAGCAAUAAUUCGACGUUUUCACGAUGCUCAGCGAAUGGCAAGAUUUCGAGCUAAACGAAAAAAGGCUCUGGAACAAAGCGAGACACUAGAAUCAUCAGAAUUUACGAACACGACUGUUGUAUCUGAGACAAAGAAGGGAAACGUAAUAUUACAACUAACUGAACCUUUUAUCAUGGUUUCUAAUCCAAGAACAAUUCAAUCUAUGUCUGCGCAAAGGUUUGAACAAAGACCGACAAUACAUAUACCUUUAGUUCCUAACCAAAGCAAGUACUCCCAACUUCUAAGUGUUAUUGAAGAACUUGGCAAAGACAUUCGACUAACUUAUGCUGGAAGCCGCACGUCGGUUGAACGACUCAAAGCGGGCAUCGUACGUGCCAAAUUAUUAGUUAGAGAUUGCCUUUUAGAGACUGAAGUGAAUUCUAAAUUAUAAUAGGUAAAGACUUUUAAUUUAGAAAAGUAUACAUCAUAAUCCCUGUUCCUCAUUUUAUAUAAAACCUCCGAGCAUGGAUUGAUGUUAUAGUCAUAAUUGGUAUACAAAUAGUUUGAGCUAUUGAGAUAUGCACACUUAUAGAGUAAUCAGAUCUACCAAAUUUUAAAUGAUUAGACAGCGUUCCGAUGUAAUGCAAAUUUUCAAUUAUGUAAUAUUUGAAAUGUAUUGAAGUUUAAGUCUGUAUUUUGUAUACCCUAAUUUUUAGAAAUGAAAGUUGAAGAAGUAGUGGAUAUUCAAUUAAUUUCUUAGGUUGGAGUGAAUAAAAUCUUACAAUUCAUGUAUGUUUCUAGUGAUAUCACAUUCCUUUUUGACACUUCGGAACAGUGACCAAAACGAUGGAAGAUUAUUAUUGCCCUUUUGGCCAUUAGAGGGAGACUCAACAA